AUGACAAGAGUUUGUAAUUAUGGAGCAGAGAUUAACAGAUAUAUGGAAUUAACCGGUGAAAACAUUUUGAAAGAAUGGAAAAAACCUUUAGAGCUUUUUCACGAGAAAGAAAUUGUGAGAAUAUGUGCUCCUAUGGUUAGAUAUUCCAAGUUAGUACAUAAACAAUUUAAUUAAUUACAUAAACAUUUCUAAAUUUCAAUUAUCAAUUAAGUGUAUCCAGUAUAAUAUAUAAUUUAUUCUCUUCUUCUAGAUUACCAUUCAGAUGUUUGGUCAGAAGGUGGGGCAAUUUUAAAACCUUCGAAGUUUGGUUAAGCUCGGGGGUUAGGGGUAGCAGGGCAACUACCCCCACCUAUUAAAAUUCAUCCUCCCAAUAGUUUGCGACAUUAUGUCCACCAUUGAUUUUAUUGACCUGUGGAGAAAAAUGUCUGCAUGUCUUCAAAGAUUGUCUUGGGCAUAUUGACAAGUAUUAUGCACCUAUCAAUGUUAAGCCCCAGAGGGGGGGAGGUCGGGCAUAGGUGGGGCAUUUGAUUUUUUGAGCAAAUUUUCAAUCAAAUGCCCCAACCAUCGGGCAAUAAAUAUUGGUCAAAUGCCCCAACAUUUUGCAAAAAAUUGCAAUAAUUACUAUAUUAAUAAAAGUCAUUUGGUUCAAAUUGCCCCAACUCGGGGCCAAAAUGCUGAUCAAAAUCCCCAGGGUGGGGAUAUAAUUGAUGAUCAAAUACCCCACAUAUGCCCGACCCCCCCCUCUGGGGGUUAACAUUGAUAGGUGCAUAAAGAUGUGGUACAGUCCGAUCUGUGCAUGUGCACAAAGGAGCCCUCUUUUUAUUUACAAACAGUUUAUUUAGAUUUUUAUUUCAUUUUAUGUUCUUGCAAAGCUUGAUUGUUGUCUCUUGAUAAUUUAUUAUACUCUAGAAUCAUGAAAAUAUAAAUAGUUGUUGAAUAAAAUUCAAUAUUUUGGAUACCAAAAUGUAAACAAAGCCUUUGUUUACAUACGGACUGUACUGCAUCAUUAAUUAAUAACAGGCCGGGUGUCCACAGGCCUGGAAAAUCCUGGAAAGUCCUUGAUGGAAAAACAAAAUUGCAGGACUGGAAAGUCCUUGAAAAUCAUUAGAAGUCCUUGAAACUCCUUGAAUGAAUUUCUUUAACCUCCAACUGUGCCAACAUUAGUGAUUUUGAUUAAAAUUACUGAAUAAAGUGAAUUAUUUGCUGGGCAAAUCCAUGCCAUUUUCAAAGAUUUUUCCCAGUUCUACAGUGUAGGUCCUUGAACUUACUGACAAAGGACCUUGAAAGUCCUGGAAAAGUCCUUGAAUUUCAUCUUCACCAAAGGAUCGAUCACAUGAACAUUUACAUGUUGAGGGAAUUGAUAUAUCUGGCUGGCUUUGAAAGAGUUGCCAUUCAGCUAGUUAAUAAAAUAGGUGCAUGUGUAAUUGAACAUUUCUUAUUGUACGUAACCUAUAUUUUAUGUCAAUAUGUUGAAAUGUUAUAUGUCUUAUAAUUGGCUUAUUAGGUAUGGAUGUGACUUGGCCUGCACUCCGAUGAUUAUUUCAGACUCGUUUGUUCAAUCUGUAAAAGCAAGAGAUAGUGAUUUUACAACAAAUUUGUGUGAGUCGAAGUUUCUAAGCUAGAAUUUUGUUGAAGUACUAGUAGCUGGUUUAAUUAAGCAUGCUAAGAUGUUAUUUAAAUAGCAGCAAGCCCAGUAUAAACAGAAUGGGGGAGCCACAAUCUUAGCCAGACAGCCAUCUUUUGGACGGUCAAUUUUGAUUUAAGGUGUCAAAUUGAAAAUGACGGCUUUUGGACGGUGAAAUUGCUCAUGAUCAGCGAAAUAUUUAUCGUACACAAAACAUCCUGGCUUUUAGGCCAUGAUUUUAACAGUUCACACAACUGCAGUUGAAUGGUGACGAUUAGUCAAAUAUUUGACAAAUUACAAUUACACUUCCAAACCAGGGCCAGAUUAACCACAUGCCAGAUGCAGCAUAUGCCGCAGGCCUUGCACUUAUGGGGGCCCUGCGCUUUACUGUACCACGCCCAUUUUUACGAGAACAUGCCCAUUUUCUAUUGGGACACACCCAUUUUAGGUGCCUCGCGAAUUUAGGGACCUCGCACAUUUAGGGCCCCUAGGCCCAGGAAAAUAUGCAAUACCUGUAUGCAUGUAAUCUCCAGUUGCGCUGAUUAUAGACACCAAUGCUUGUGCUAAUGUACAUUUGAUUUGUAUGACAUUUUGUUAGCUACUUUUUGCCAAGUUAAUCGUUAACGUUUUGUUAUGUUGUACUGAAUUGUAUUUGUAAGCCCCAAUUAUAUCCAACAAAUUGUCGCAAUUAAUUCAGGUUGUUCAAGCACCCAAAUUAGCAAAAUAUAAAGGUUUCAUUGAUGUUUGAAACCAGUUUUAACGUAACGGAAAAUUAUUCAGAAAUCCGGGUGGAGAUAGCUUGGCUGCGAAAUUGCGGUAAUUUGUGGAUAAAAUAGAAAACAAUUAUUUAACAAUUUUGUGUGUCUUUGAAUUCAAAGGUUUUCAUAAAGGGAGGGGGGGGCCCAACUUGGGGGCCUCAUGCAGAAAAUCUGCCACAGGCCUCGCGCGACGUUAAUCCGGCCCUGUUCCAAACUACUACAUUAGAAUGCAUACUACGUGGUGACAAAAGUAUGCAACACCCCUGGCCCCCAUAGGGUAUUUGUCAGUUACCAUGGCCCAAAAUAAUGGUCAAUUCAGACACUCAAUUUUCAGAUCCUGGCUCGACCCUGGGGGGAGCAUAUUAUAAUUGUUCAAUAGACAUUUCCCCUUUUAAGUGAAAUUUUGAUCUAGACAAGUCUGGACAAAAAUUUCAUCACAGCUUGAAAGAGCAUCACAAAAUUAGUAAUAUUCCGAAGUUUCGUUGCGAAAUGUUGUAAAAUGCGGAUAAUAUAGCCUUGCAAAGUUUGCCGUUUUUCAGUCAUUUGGUAUUACAAUCUAGCUAACAUUUUGCAUCAGUUUGAUCAUCUGAUGCAAAAUGUUAGAUUGUAAUGCAAAAUGACUGACCGCAUUUUACAACAUUUUGCAACGAAACUUCGGAAUAUUACUAAUUUUGUGAUGCUCUUUCAAGCUGUGAUUGUCCAGGCUAGUCUAGAUCAAAAUUUCACUUAAAUGGGGAAAGGUCUAUUCACUGCAUGACAUGCCCCGAUCUGAAAUUUUGUGUUUUCUACGGUCUUCAGAAUGCUAUAUUUCCUACAUUAGAAAAUGACAAUCUGAGCUAAAGAUUGCAAGGCAUAUAAAUGCUCUUGGAACAUAUUUGUUUUUUUGCCCUCUAUGGCUAUGCCAUCAUUCCUGAAACAAUUUUUAGUUGGAUUUGGAAGAAUUAGAAAUGAACAGAAAUUGUGCAGUCCUAAGUCAUAUCCCGGGUAUUAAAAGAUGCAUAAUUUGCACAAUAAAAUCAUUUUCCUGAAAUACUUUGAGAUUUGUAAGUCCAACUGUGAGACCUGGAGUUAGACCCAAAACCUGGAGACAAACUGGUAAACUGUUAGACUUGCAUGGGAGCUCUGUGUAAGUAGAGUUUGUUGUAUGCAGGUUCUCUUCUGUGCUUUGAAGGUUUUGCAGUAUACACCUUGGCCAACCUGAUCUUGUGUAAUCUAUAGUAAUUUUUUAUUAACUAAUUAACCACUAUCAUUUAAUAUACGGUAACAAUUGGAUAUGGGCCGAUCAGUGAAUGAAGUAUUUUUUAUUUCAAUGUAGUGGAUCGUCCACUCGUCGUUCAGUUUGCAGCAAGAUGUGGAAAGGAUUUGGCAGAUGCUACAGAAAUGAUUGUCCCGUAGGUUAUGAGUGUUAUAGGAUAAUGACUGCAUGAUUUAUAUUUAACUAUAUUUUGCACAGACAAUUGUCAAUUAUUUCACAAAAGCAACAUGAAAUAUUAUUGCAUUCAUUAAAAAUUUCUAGAUUUGCAGAUGGAGUUGACAUAAACUGCGGUUGUCCUCAAAGGUACAGUACUACGUACAUAAUGAAAAUAAAUCCUUAUGAAAUUUGGGAAUGCUUACAAUGGUCAGUAGUUGAGAUGAUUAAUUUGUAUCUGUAGGUGGGCAAUAAAAAGUGGCUAUGGAGCUUGUUUAAUCAAGAAUCCUGAAUUAAUUCAAGAUAUGGUGCAACAAACCAGACAAAGAGUUGAGGAUGACUUUCCUGUGUCAAUCAAAAUUAGAAUUCAUCAUGAUACGAGGUUAUUAUUACUGUAGUUAUAAUUAACCCAUGAAUGGGGAUACACCUGCAUAAGCCAAAUGAUUUUUCACUUCCUAUAAAAUCCUUUUGUAAACAGUAGGAGAUUAUAACGUUCGAAAUAACGAAGUUCAGGUAGUUAUGACCGAAAACGAAGACAGUUUCUGAUCGAGUGCUACGUACCCUUUGCAUAUAGAAGAACUGUGGAUAUGUGCCAGAGAGCUGAGAAAGUUGGUGUGUCAUGGAUCACAGUUCAUGGCAGAACGAUAGAGCAACGAUCAGAACCAUGUUCUUUGGAAACUAUCAAGUUGGUAAGAGGAUUAGAAAACCCUGUUCACAAAAUGGAACGGCUCCGAAAAAAUCGGAACAGUUAAUUGAAAGUGCCAUUGUUAGUGGUCCUUAAAUGAGCUGGAUGUAUGCAGGGCUGCCCAGAGAGAAGGGAGACCCUAUCUCGAAAGGGUCCCUAAAGCAACGGAGGUACCUUAACUGAGAAAAUGAAUCCUAGCUGCGUUAGUGCAGGAUAAUAUGCUAUAAAGUGCCAGAUAUUGCAAAAUACCGCUUCUCCCGUUUUAUAAUUAUGACAUCAUGGGGCCCUCCGGGAAAAUUUGGCCCCGCGCAAGCCCUCGGCGGCCCUGGAUGUAUGUGUUGAUCGAUUAGUUCUGUUGCACUAAAGUUUUCUUAUUUGAACACAAUUUAGAUCAAGGAUAGUGUUUCAAUCCCAGUUGUUGCUAAUGGCGAUAUCAAAUGUGAAGCUGAUAUUAAUGACGUGCGUGCAAAGACAGGUGUCAAUGGUUCGUACAGUAUGUUCAACUUCAAAAAUGUGUCGGUGCUCAUAUGUAGACGUAGUUGAAGGGAUGGAAAUUUCGCGCGUAAACCUAACCAGCUGAGAAAAAUGCAACUAAAGGCCCUCUAAUCGAACCUGCGGCCCUGCAAUUCCGAUGCAAGGACGAUGUUGGAUAAAAUUAUGAAAACGGCUGAUCCAACAUUUUUCAACGUCAGCCAACAUUAUACCAAACAUAAUGUUUAAACCUAAAAGGUCUAAAAAUGUAUAAAAUUUACACACGAAAGUUCCAUGUGCAAAAAAGUGUUAUCGAAUAAGAUGCCCAAAAUUGUUAUUGAACCCUCGCUAUACAUAUUGAGAUUUUCAGUUUUGUCUUGAAGGCUUGAUAGAUGCUAUGCAGCAACAUUAGUUGAAGGAGUGUACAUUUAUUACACCUAUAACCAGGAGCAGUUGCAGUUGUGUCCUGCACCAGAGUCGUAUUCGUGAGAUGUCCUAAAUCCUGAUAUUAAGAAACAUUAAUUUUAAUAGUUUUUGCAAAAAAGGUUUUUCAUAUUUUAGGUGUCAUGGCUGCCAGAGGAAUAUUAACGAACCCUGCAAUGUAUGCUGGACAUGAUUCCCUGCCUUUGCAAUGUCUCCAAGAUUGGGUAAACACUACUAGUCUUCUUCUACUUGCAGUUGAUUUGUUUCGACAUGGGUGUACUUCACCAAGCAAUGUCGUGCGGCUGACGAUGGUCAACCGGCCGUUAUAUGAGUGAUAAAAUGCUGCAAAUUCUUUUCGUUAUCUGUGGUAGUUUUGCAUCUGGUGGGAAAUAAAUAAAUAUCAUGUUAUGCUAAAAAUCAUGUAUAGUUUAACAGUGCUUUUUCCCACAAGUGUCAGAGCGUUGGACUUGACAAGCUAAAGAUCGCACGUUCGAUUCUCACCGCAGUCAAACAUUUUUUUAGCUUGGCCAGUGUGUGGAGACACUCAGAGUAACAUCAGCCGAAUUGAACACCAUUGGCGCGAAAGCUUUACUAUAUGUUCAUACAUAAAUGUGCAUGCAUGGUGUAUCUAUCAAAUCAAUUACCUUUUAUUUCUUUUACUGUUUUAGCUUGACAUCAGCCUGUCUUUAGGAAUUUCGUUUACACAUUUCCAUCAUCAUCUCAUGUACAUGUUGGAGAAGAUACUCAGUAAACCAGGUAACAAUACUCCCAAUAUUCCUCCGCUUCCCCCCACGCGCGCACUUCUCUGUCUAGCCCGCUACUGCCCGCAAGUCAAACUUAUAUAGAAAGAAAACAAACUCAGUCUCAUGUCACAUCCACAUGCAAAUUUGCGCUAUAUAGAAAUGCUAAUCAUAAUCGUAUAUAUAGCACCAUCUACACUGCUAAUGAUCUUUGAAGCAAAUCCACAUACCUGAUAUUUCUUGAUAGUCCAUAUGUACCUCAUCGAGGAGGAUCAUCCCUCAACUACCCAAGAAGAACAACAUGCACAGAAAUUCAUCUGAGCCGAUGAACAAGCCACAUACUAGAUAGUUCGUCUCGACGGAUUACACAUUUAAAUACAGUCAAAUAAUCGGAAGAAUAAUCUGUUCUUCGCCCAUGCAUGUUUGUCUCGACGAAUUAUCCGUCUCUAGUAUAAACUGGGGCAAUUCGAUACCACUGGAAAAGCACCAUAAAUAAGUGAAAUACCCAGAUUUUAUUUGAAUUUAUCCACACCCUAUGCAUUACUGGGAAAAAGUCAUGUUUAUCAUACUUCUUUCUUUCCAGAGAGAAGAGUGUUCAACACAUUAAGAAGUAUACCAGCUGUUCUAAGUCACCUGGAGAAUAAUUUUGGAAUUACGAUGACAAAAGAUUUUGAGAUUGGCUAA